AUGGAGAGGCAAGGCCAGCCCAAGAACGAGAGGAACGCCGGCGGAGCCGGUAGUAAUGGCGGCGGCGGUGGCGGUGGCGCGAAUGGGAGGAGGAAGUGGAGGGGAGUUUAUGGCAGUGCCGGUGGUGGCGGCUACAGACAGUACCCGAUCAUCCAGGCCUACCCGGCGCUCCUGCCGCUGCCGAUAAACGCCGGCCGCGCGCAUAUUAAUGGCGCCGCCGCGCUGCCUCUGCCGCCGCCUGUGCUGCUGUACCUGCAGCAGCCGCCGCCGCUGCACCUGCUCCCCGGGGCCGCCACGUGCUACGGCAAGCCCAUGGCCGGCGCGGUGCAGGGGGGCCCAUUGUUCGCGCACAAGCCAUCCAAGAAGCCGCCGCCGCCGCCGCACGCCGUCACCGCCGCGCUGCUGCCGCUCCCGCAGGAUGCCAAGGCGCUUCAGCACAAAAAGUUCUUCAUACAUGAGAAGAACUCAUCUGACAUCAGAAUGGAUCAUGUGAACGGCCAUCACAGGUCCUCUAACAAUCACCAAGGAACUCCCAUUGCGCAGAGACCUGACAACGGCGGUGUUGAGGGGGCUGUGAUUCCUCUUUCUGCAAACCAUUUCCUUGUGCGGUUCAAUCCCGAUCAAAAGAUUUUCCAGUAUGAUAUUGACAUAUCCCCGCACCCAUCGAAGGAAACAGCAAGAAUGAUCAAGAACAAGCUUUUUCAAGAAAAUUCAAGUGUUUUCUCGGGUGCCCUGCCGGCCUUUGAUGGCCGCAGGGACCUUUAUAGUCCUAUUGAGUUUCAAGAGAACAAGGCUGAGUUCUUUGUCAGUCUCCCAAUUGCACCAGCACGAUGUCCAGUAGAUAAAAAGGACGGACACAUGGUUGACAAACAGAAUUUUAAGGUUUUCAAGGUGAACAUUCGAUUGGUCUCAAAGCUAAGUGGUCAGGACUUGAACAAGUAUUUAACUGAAGACAAGGAUGGCAUUUCACUCCCUCAAGAUUACCUCCAUGCUUUGGAAGUCAUCUUGCGGGAAGGUGCUAUGGAAAAUUCCGUUCUGGUAGGUCGGUCUUUGUAUCCGCGUUCCAUGGGAGAAGCAAGGGAGAUUGGUGGCGGGGCUGUUGGAUUAAGAGGUUUCUUUCAGAGCCUGAGGCCAACCAAGCAAGGUCUUGCUCUUAAUGUUGACCUCUCACUCACAGCAUUCCACGAGAGCACUGGCAUGAUUGCAUACUUGCAGAAGCGCUGUGACUUCUUGAAGGGCCUUUCGCAUCAGAAAACCAGGGCUUUGUCAGAGGAGGAGCGGAGGGAGGUGGAGAAAGCAUUGAAAAACAUUCGGGUUUUUGUGUGCCAUCGUGAGACUGACCAAAGGUACCAUGUGCAUAGCUUGACCGAGGAGACAACAGAAAACCUCAAGUUUCGAGACCGAAGCGGAAAAGAUCAUAUGGUAAUGGAAUACUUCAAGGAGCAAUACAACCAUGACAUACAGUUCAGGAACCUGCCAUGCUUGCAGAUUGGUAGGAGCAAGCCAUGUUAUGUACCAAUGGAGCUUUGCGUAGUUUGUGAGGGCCAGAAGUUUCUUGGCAAGCUCUCAGAUGAACAAACCUCCAAGGUUCUCAAAAUGGGAUGCCAAAGACCAAGUGAAAGGAAGGGAAUCAUAAAGGGUGUUGUGGAAGAAGCAUUUGGUGCUGGAAGUAAUUCGUAUGCCGAUCAAUUCAAUCUCCAAGUGUCGAAGGAUAUGACACAACUCUCUGGGAGGGUUCUCUUGCCACCAAAACUGAAGUUCGGUAUUGGAGGGCGCAUUAAGGAUAUAACGCCACACCGCUUUGAUCGUCAAUGGAGUUUGCUUGACAGCCAUGUUACUGAGGGAUCCAAGAUUAAAAACUGGGCAUUGAUAAGCUUUGGUGGUACCCCGGAGCAGCACUCCUGCAUUCCAAAGUUUGUCAACCAGCUAUCGAGUCGGUGUGAGCAGCUUGGGAUUCUUCUAAACAAGAAAACUGUCAUCAGCCCAUUGUUUGAGCGGAUUCAACUUCUCAAUAAUGUGGGCAUUUUGGAGAGCAAACUCAAGAAAAUUCAAGAAGCUGCAUCAGGUAACCUGCAAUUGCUGAUCUGUGUCAUGGAACGCAGGCACCGUGGCUAUGCUGACCUGAAGCGAAUUGCUGAAACAUCCAUUGGUGUUGUGACACAGUGUUGCCUUUAUCCCAACUUGAGCAGCAUGACCGUGCAAUUCGUUGCCAAUUUGUCCCUGAAGAUUAAUGCUAAGCUUGGUGGAUGCAAUGUUUCCCUCUACAACAGCUUGCCAUGCCAAAUCCCUAGAAUAUUUUCAGAUGAGGAGCCAGUGAUGUUCAUGGGUGCUGAUGUGACACACCCACAUCCACUAGACGACUCGAGCCCAUCGGUGGUGGCUGUAGUUGCUAGCAUGAAUUGGCCUUCGGCAAAUAAGUACAUCUCAAGGAUGAGGUCGCAGACGCACCGGAAAGAAAUAAUUGAACACCUGGAUGUAAUGGCUGGUGAACUACUUGAAGAGUUCCUGAAAGAAGUUGGCAAGCUCCCAGGUAGAAUCAUAUUCUUCCGAGAUGGUGUGAGUGAGACGCAAUUUGACAAGGUCCUGAAGGAGGAGACGCAUGCCGUGCGAGCGACCUGCUCUAGGUACCCAGGCUACAAGCCCUUGAUCACGUUCAUCGUGGUUCAGAAGAGGCAUCACACCAGGCUCUUCCACAGGGAGAAGAAUGGUGGCUCGACGCACUAUUCUGAUCAGAACAUACCACCGGGAACCGUCGUUGACACUGUGAUCACGCACCCGAGGGAAUUCGACUUCUACCUGUGCAGUCACUGGGGCACAAAGGGGACAAGCCGUCCUACUCAUUACCACGUCCUGCUGGAUGAGAACAACUUCCAGUCCGAUGAACUGCAGCAGAUGAUACACAAUCUGUGCUACACCUUUGUCCGCUGCACCAGGCCAGUCUCCCUUGUUCCUCCGGCGUACUAUGCGCAUCUCGCCGCGUAUAGAGGCAAGCUGUAUCUUGAGAGGUCAGAUGCAGUGGCCACCGGCCGCACAACUCUACACAGGGCCACUCCAUUGCAGACGACGCCACUUCCUAAGCUCAGUGACAGUGUAAAGAGGCUCAUGUUUUACUGCUGA